UCGCACAAAAAAUGCGUAUAUUCCACUGAACCCCUUUUCAAUUUCAAUGGCAUAUUCGGGUAAGCAUGAAAUGGCCUUGGAUUACAAGAAAACAAUGCUCAACACGUACCAUAAUGUCAAAAACCGCAAAGUAUCCAAGGAACAAUGAAGAUCAAAAAUCUACAUUGAGACACAAGGUCAUAACUUAUAUGAAUCGAACCAUCCUUUCCACCGGUUGUUACAGGUAGUACACCUGUUUAAUAAAACAGGUGUUACGACGUUGCCAAAUUGAGACAUGAAAAAUAAAUUACUUCUAGAUUGAAGUUCUAAUUCAGAAAAAAAUAUAUCUUUGAUAUAUUUGUUGACCCCUGAAUACACGGACUCCAAUUUUUUUAAUACUAGAAAGAAUAGUGUUCUUGCCCCGACCCCGAUCCAACAGAACAUUUUAUGAUCUCAUUGACUCUUGUACCAUUGGUUGUACUGUUGACUGUUACUGCGGCAACCGCUUUCAAUUUUCAGUGUCAACAAUAGAAAUUAGGUGGUUUUUAAAAUGUUGACUCUAGCGUUUGAAUUAAAAUCGAAUGUUUACUUUUAUUUGAAUUUGUCACUGACAUCAGAUUUUAUUUUACAUCUGCAAAGAGAACAAAUUCAAAAACCCUUCUGAAAAUGAAUCUGAAAUAGUUGGAAACAAACUGAAAUUAUGAGGUCUAUUCCUAAGUGGGUUGAUAAAAUCCAGGACAGUGAUAAACUGGGACAAAGUAUCUACGAUUUGUGCUUCAACCCUGAUGGCACUCAAUUAAUAGUAGCUGGUGGUAACCAUGUGUUAGUUUAUAAUACCACUGAUGGAAGCCUUAUACAGCUUUUGAAAGGUCACAAAGACAAAGUUCAUACAAUUUCUUAUGCCAAAAAUGGGGAAAAAUUUGCCAGUGGUAGUGCUGACAAGACUGUGAUAAUAUGGUCCAACAAACUGGAAGGGUUGCUCAAGUAUAGUCAUAAUGACUCAGUUCAGUGCCUGGCUUUCAAUCCCCUGUCGCACCAACUGGCUUCAUGUUCUUUGUCAGAUUUUGCUUUUUGGAGCACUGAACAGAAGGCUGUUCAGAAACACAAAACAAAUGUAAGGAUCAAUUCAUGUUCCUGGACUAAUGAUGGCCAGUAUUUAGCUCUGGGAUUGAAUAAUGGUGUAAUAUCAAUUCGUAAUAAAUUAGGAGAAGAAAAAAGCAAAAUAGAAUGUACAAAUAACUCAGCAAUAUGGGCUUUGAGUUGGAGCACAAAUAAAGAAGAUCAAACAGAUACUCUGUGUGUAACUGACUGGAGCAAAACGUUGGCCUUCUAUACACUUGGAGGGAAAUUAAUUGGUAAAGAAAGAAAUCUGGGAUAUGAGGCUCUGAAAGUCAAAUACUUCCCGCAUGGCAAUUUCAUUUUGAUCGGAGGGCUGAAUAAAGCUUGCAGUAUGUAUACAAAAGAAGGUAUCAAGCUGGGAGUGAUUGGCGAUACACAAAAUGCUUGGGUUUGGUGCUGUGAAGCACAUCCUAGUGGAAAUUUUGUGGCUGUGGGUUGUGAAGAUGGAACUAUUGCCUACUAUCAGCUGGUAUUCAAUAUGGUACAUGGUCUAUACAAAGAAAGAUAUGCUUUUCGUGAAAACAUGACUGAUAUUAUCAUACAACAUUUGAUCACUGAACAAAAAGUUAGGAUCAAGUGUCGAGAUCUCAUUAAGAAAAUUGCAAUUUAUACGGAUCGAUUAGCAGUUCAGCUGCCUGAAAGAGUAGUAAUCUAUGAACUCUACUCGAAGGACGCCAACGAUAUGCACUACAGAGCUAAAGAAAAAAUCACCCAAAAACUUGACUGUAGUCUAUUAGUGGUAUGCUCUGAUCAUUUAGUUAUCUGUCAGGAAAAGACACUACAAAGUAUGCGUUUUUCUGGAGAAAAGGAAAAAGAAUGGAAUUUUGAAAGUCCUAUCAGAUACAUAAAAAAUAUUGGAGGACCUUCAGGCAAAGAAGGAUUACUUUUAGGCUUGAAAAAUGGUCAAGUGUGGGAAGUUCAUCUUGACAAUAUUUAUCCUUUACUCAAGGUGACAGCUAGUGAAGGAAUCAGAUGUAUUGACUUGAGUCAGCAGAAGGAAAAAUUAGCUGUAGUGGAUGAUAGCAGUUUAUGUCAAAUUUUCAAUGCCAGAACAGGAGAAUUAAUUUUUCAGGAAGUCAAUGCCAACAGUGUAUCUUUCAAUAACCUCUAUGAAGAUAUGUUAGCAUUUAGCGGGAACAAUAGUCUGUCAAUAAAAGUCAAGGAUUUUCCGUCACAUGUCCAAAAGUUGAGCGGGUUUGUGGUGGGACUGACAGGUUCAAAAGUGUUUUGCUUGAAUGGAUCCAAUAUGAAUACUCUGGAAGUGCCACUCAGUAGCCCCAUGUACCAAUAUAUUGACAAGAAAAUGUACCACGAGGCUUACAGAGUUGCUUGUCUCGGAAUAACUGAAAGUGAUUGGGAGGAGCUUGCUCAUUCGGCAUUGGAACAUAUGGAGUUCGAAGUAGCCAGACUUGCUUUCAUCAAAUUGCAAGAUUUUCCCUAUUUGGAAUUAAUUCAAGAACUACAGGUGUUACAACAUAAAGAGAAUUAUUCGAAGGAUAUAAUGCUAGCAGAUAUUUUUGCACAUGAAGGCAAACUUAAAGAAGCUGCCAAACUAUACCAAAAGUCCAGUCAAGAAUUCAAAGCACUGACAAUGUACACUGAUCUUAGAAUGUUUGACGAGGCACAGGAUUAUCUAGGCUCAAGUGACAACAGCGAGUUGAUUCGUAAAAAAGCUGAUUGGGCAAGAAAUAUCAAUGAACACAAGGCCGCAGCUGAUAUGUAUCUUUCUAUAGGUGACAUCCAAACAGCAAUAGAUAUUUAUGCCGAGAAUGGUUGGACUGAUCAACUAAUAGAUGUGAGCAGAAAAUUGGACAAGUCAGAUAAACCAUUUCUUCUGACUAUAGCUCAGCAUUUGAAACAAUUGAAUCAGUCUUCAGUAGCAGCAGAAAUAUAUAGAAGACUUGGAGAUAAUGCGGCAGUUCUUCAACUUUACGUAGAAGGUAAAGAAUGGUCGCAAGCAUUUUCACUUGUUCAAAGUCAACCACAAUAUAAUGCAAUCGUAUAUGUGCCAUACGCACAAUGGUUGGCUGAAAGUGACAAAUUUGUUCAGGCUCAAAAAGCCUUUCACAAAGCGGGAAAAUUAGAAGAAGCUUUCAAAGUAUUUGUUCAGCUGACAGAUAAUGCUGUGAGUGAAUGUAGGUUUCAAGAUGCUGGAUACUAUUAUUGGAUAACAUCCAGGCAAUAUCUAGAACUAUCUAGAGAAAACAACAAUAAAACAGAGUAUUACCUGAAACAAUUUCAUUUUAAUGAGAAGUUGGCAGAGAUAUAUUAUGCAUACAAUACUAUUCACAAGUACUUGGAGGAACCAUUUACUUCUUACAUGCCUGAAGCCCUUUUUAACAUUUCAAGAUUUUUGAUGUCAGAAACUAACAAGCAUGCAAAGGGUAUUUCAAAUUUUGCCAUACUGUACACAUUAGCCAAACAAGCAAGAAAGCUAGGCGCUAACAAACUUGCCAAGCAACUUCUAGACAAAAUUCAAGGAUUGAGGAUUCCACAAAAGUUUCAAGAACAAGUCGAAAUAGCCACCAUAUCUUCAAGAGCCAAACCCUUUAGCGAUCCUGAAGAAUUACUACCAAUGUGCUACAGAUGUUCCACUUACAAUCCCUUGACUGCAAAUUGUAAUAACUGCACAAAUUGUGGAGAGAAGUUUGUGUAUUCCUUUGUGAGUUUUGAACUACUACCUUUGGUCGAAUUCCAAUUAGAGGAAGGAAUAAGUGAUGAUGAAGCACUGAGAUUAUUAGAGACUCCACUUAAAGAGAAAACAGAAGAUGUGUGGAAGGAGAACAUUUCUGAAAACCAGCAAACUUUGCAACUGGAUAAUUCUGAAGAGAACCAUGAUCCUUUUGCAACCAAGAUUGCAAAGCAAAAUGAAUUUCAUCCUGUUGUGGUAGGCCGAAAGAUACUGCAGUCUCUUGAUAAGACUAGUGUUCUGAUAUGCAGAUGGCCUUCACCUCUGAAAUGCCAAUAUUUUCGUAACUUGUUACCAGCUUUGCAUAUUACAAUGUGCGAAUCUUGCUUUAAAUGUUUUCAUGUAGACGAUUUUGAACUGCAGAUGCUCCAGAAUGGACAUUGUCCAUUUUGCCGUUGGUCAAAUGAAGGUGUCGGGUCAGAUUCUGCUGACGAAUUUCUAACUUGAUUUAAUUUUAUGUGAUCUCAGAUUGUUUAAGCUUUAAUAAACUCAUUGCUGUAGUUAA